UGGGACUGACUCCAACAUCACAUUCCCCAAGUUUGUGCAAUCAUGGGAACCCCAAUUCCUCCAAACAAAAGCCUCGCCCCACCCCAGGAUGAUGACUUACCUGAUCUGGAAGAUUGGCUUCCCAUCACAGCGUCAAGAAACGCCAAAUGGUACUAUUCCGCUUUCCACAACGUCACUGCUAUGGUUGGUGCCGGCGUUCUUGGUCUCCCCUAUGCCAUGUCCGAGCUUGGAUGGGGGCCCGGAGUUGUGGUGCUGGUCCUGUCAUGGGUCAUCACAUUAUACACCCUCUGGCAGAUGAUUGAGAUGCAUGAAAUGUUUGAAGGGAGACGGUUUGACAGGUACCAUGAGCUUGGUCAGGCAGCCUUUGGCAGAAAGCGUGGAUUGUACAUCAUUGUGCCCCAACAGCUUCUCGUUGAAAUCAGUGUCUGCAUAGUCUACAUGGUGACAGGGGGCCAAUCACUGAAGCAGGUCCACGACCUCGCUCUUGGUAAUAGAUGCGGAAAGAUCUCUAUUCGAUGUUUCAUUUUAAUCUUUGCCUCGUCCCAGUUUGUACUCUCCCAGCUAAAGAACUUCAACUCCAUUUCGGGUGUCUCUUUAGUUGCUGCGGCCAUGUCACUGAGCUAUUCCACAAUUUCCUGGAUAGUUUCAGCAGAAAAGGGUGUGCAGAAAGAUGUAAACUACAGCUACAAAAGCAGAACCUAUGCAGUGCCAUUGGACUUUUUCAGUGCCUUGGGCGAGAUGGCUUUUGCUUACGCAGGCCACAAUGUAGUUCUGGAAAUCCAAGCAACAAUGCCAUCUACACCAGAGAGACCAUCAAAACGACCCAUGUGGAAGGGUGCGGUUGUAGCUUAUAUUAUUGUUGCUAUCUGCUACUUCCCUGUCGCUCUUGUAGGGUAUCGGGUCUUUGGAAACAGCAUUGCAGAAAAUAUCCUCACAACACUUAAGAAACCCAAGUCUGUUAUGAUUUUGGCUAACAUGCUUGUGGUUAUACAUCUCUUGGGAAGCUACCAGGUGUACGCAAUGCCAGUUUUUGACAUGGUUGAAUCUGUCAUGACAAAGAAAUGGCAUUUCAAGCCAACCAGAAUUCUACGCGGCUUUAUACGCUGCACUUUCGUGGCUUUUACAAUGGGCGUUGCUGUUGCUUUCCCAUACUUCAGCGCAUUGUUGUCAUUUUUUGGAGGAUUCGUGUUUGCCCCGACCUCAUACUUUAUCCCUUGCAUCAUUUGGUUGAUCCUAAAGAAACCACGGAAAUUUAGUCUGUCUUGGUGGACAAACUGGAUCUGCAUCGCUCUCGGGGUUCUCCUGAUGAUCAUGGCACCUAUUGGAGGACUGGCGAAACUAAUCUAUCAAGUUCAAAAUGAUAAACUACCCAACAGCAAUUGCAAUAACUAAAUCACUAGCAGGCUUCCCAGGGUGGCCAUCCAUUUCUAUUGUUGAUCAAAAAACAUUUCUCUAGAUCAGGUAAGAUUUUCUUUAUGGGACACAGAUGCUUCUGUAUUGGUUGUAUAAACACAAUUUGCACGAGAAUUAUCCGCUUACAUC